AUGAAAGCACCGACACUAUCAUUCGGAGUAGAACUCGAAGGCCUGCUCGUUUUUCACGAGACUCUCCUCGCGCCACAUGUACCUGCGGGCUUGCGCAUCAAGAAAGAUCGCACGCCGCAAGAGGCGUACCUGUAUGGCUCGUGGCCAAGAAUUCUAUACCCUGGAUGGGCCUUUGAGGACUCCCGAGGUCAACUUCAGCCGUACGGAGAUGAACCGCCACAAAUCGCGAGUAAGCUGCUGGAAUCUGCAGAAAACUUACCGUCUGUAGCGAACGGCAAGUUCAAGCGUGUUUACGGUGAGGAACAGAAGGGAGCCAGCGACCGUGACGAGAUCUCAGAGUCGGGGAAAGCGUCCAUGGACAUCAGCGAGUCCAGCUCGGACGAAAAGGCAAUUGACGAGAGACGCCGCCAGGACCAGUGGAUAGUAAAGCAGGACAUUUCCAUAGCGUCGUUUACGCCGGAAGACAAAUAUGAGGUUUUGACGGGUCCCAAGUUCGCUAACGUGUCGGACUGGGACACUUGGGGCGUCGAGUUUAUUUCCCCCGUUUACGUAGCAGACGAGGAGAUCGACAUGAUGAAGGCCCACACCACGGAGUUGCGUCGGCACUUGGAGACGCCCCUGAGUACUAUCGUGGAGACCAAAACGUGCGGACUGCACGUCCAUGUGGGGUUGCCCGACAACGGGAAAAUGCCUAUCGAGGUGCUCCGUGUCCUUGCGUUUAUCACGGUGAUGUACGAGGAUCAGAUCUCGCUGAUCCACGACGAGCAUCGUGUCGCCAGCAGAGAAGAGCCCAUCAUGUCUAACCGCAAAAAGUUCAAGCAGAGCCCUUCCGCUGACGUGGACAGGAAGUUCGUAGACGAAGACGAGGUGUUCAGCACGUUCCUGGCCGUCAAGGAGAUACGUCGCCGGAUCUUCUUUGAUGCCCACGCAAGCCAGGACCAAGCGUACGUAUAUCUCAAGGAACUGCUGUGCACAAGUAAGCAACAUAUCAUCAACUGGCUGAAUAUUGACGGGAAGGUCCAGAGCAAAGACAAGCUUCUCGAGAAGCGGCCGCCCACAAUCGAGUUUCGACAGCAUUCCGCCUCCUUUGACGCCGAGGUCAUUGAGCACUGGGUGCGGUUUUGUCUGGGCUUGGUGCGCUUAGCGUACGAGCUUGCUGACGCGGGCGUCAGCUGCUUUUCGGACAUACAGACGUGGGAUGACGAGCUUGAUUUGAGGGAUCUGCUAGAUCAGAUGUGCCUGCCGGCGACCACGCUUCGAUAUUUCCGUGACAAGCUCGGGGUGGCGAUAGCUGAGCGCAGAGAGCCCGUCGUGCCUAUCUGGCAGGUCGAAUUCCCAUGCUCUUAG